UUUAAUAAACCUUGCCUUACACUCACUUUGCCUGGUGUUGUGUUUAUCUCGUCGGAAAAACCUUACAUUUGGUGCCGAAACCCGGGAGGAGAUUGAGCCCCCACCCCAGUGGGGAGGCUCUCUCCUUUCCCUAGCCGGACUGGACCUGCCUUUCCGAACGCCACUUCUGAAGCCGUGGUUGGAUCGAGGCAUACCCUACGGCUCGAGAAACAGCAGAUGUAGUGGCUACAAUACUCAUCGAGCACAUCAUCCCGAGGUUUGGAUUGCCCCGGACCCUCCAGUCAGACAACGGACCUGCCUUCAUCUCCAGUGUAACCCAGCAGGUAGCGGAGAGCCUCAACAUAACCUGGAAACUUCACAUCCCAUACCACCCACAGUCAUCGGGUAAGGUAGAAAGGGCCAACGGGCUGCUGAAAGCCCAACUCACCAAACUUACCCUAGAGACCCGUCUUUCCUGGCCCACACUUCUGCCCCUGGCUCUCACCAGACUCCGAGCUACGCCCCGCGGGCCUUCGGGCUUAAGCCCAUUCGAAUUACUAUACGGCCGGCCCUUUCUUAUAAAUCAUAGCCUUCCGGCCAUCUCCCCACCUCUUUUAUCCUAUUUACCUUAUCUUACUCUCCUCCGAGCUCUCUUAAGGGCUCACGCUGACACUGUCAUUCCAGCCCCUAACGACCAUGCUUCUGAAGGGGGUAUACGAGAUCUAUCCCCUGGGGACCAGGUCCUCCUCAAAAGCUUGCGGCCAGACUCCUUACAAACUCCGUGGACUGGGCCUUAUACAGUUGUCCUUACCACCCCAACUGCUGCAAAACUGUUGGGGCACUCUGCAUGGGUACAUAUCAACAAUCUCAAGCGGGCACCCACAGAGACUAAUUGGACCUCCCAGAUGGCAGGCCCCACCAAACUCCGCUUGGUUAGGGCCUCUUCUCAUAUUCCUUCUAAUCCAGACAAGCCAGGCGGAAUCAUGUGAGUCUAGCUGCAUGAGGGGUUCAGGUACUUCUCGCCAUUUUUCAGCCUUUACUUAUAUGCCUGCAACCUGCUACCGGGGAAAGGAACCGACAACCUGUACGUAUGACCAGAAAACCUAUUGGGUCUCCGACCUUGUGACAGCCAAACGAGGUAUUGCCCCCUGCAACAUCUACCCCAGGUCUGGAAAAGUGUGCUGGACCUAUCUGGGUCAGGUCGGCCUCUCCGAUGGGGGCGGGGUCCAGGACCAGGCUAGCCGUGAGCACAUUAAAACAGCAGUCAGGGACAUGACUAAACGACUCCAACCCCCCAACGACCUGGUCUAUAAGGGCAUUAAUCUCGGUAGCAUCCAAAAAUCCCCUACCACUGAACAACUGACAGUGGCCCUCCUGAACUCUAGUUACAGCCUAUGGCGUAAUGUGUCGAAAAACGGUGACAGUGACUGCUGGAUCUGUUUCCCUUUUUCAACACGUUCUAACAUUGUAGGGAUACCCCUCCCUAUGGAUUGGCCACUCCCCAACUCCACGACCACAAAUAGCACGGUUCAUAUUGGCCCCAUUGGGGAAAACAUACCUAUUAUUAAUGUGUCCUCCCCCCUCACCACGGCAGCUGCCAACAUCACUAACUCCUCCCUCCCGUAUUGUACUCCCUCGGGAAUAUUUCUCUCGUGCCCUCAGGGAAUCUAUCGCUGUCUGACCACUAACGACUCCCUGGGCUGUAUAUUCAUCCUAUUAUCUCCUUCUACCACCAUUUACUCUGAAUCCCAGCUGCUAUCCAUCCUAUUCCCCCAACACCGUGAAGAAAGGGCCGUCUUCCUCCCAUUCAUAAUAGGGGCAGGGGUAGCCAUAGGGGUGGCAACUGGGACAGCAGGGAUAGGAACCUCCAUAGACUUUUAUUACAAACUCUCCCAAGCUCUGAAUGAUGAUAUGGAACGGGUUGCUGACUCCCUCACAGCCCUACAGACCCAGGUCACCAGCCUGGCAGCCUUAGCUCUACAGAACCGACGGGCCUUAGACCUUCUGACCGCCGAAAAAGGGGGGACCUGCCUAUUCUUAAAUGAAGAAUGUUGUUACUUUGUUAACCAAUCAGGUAUAGUUACUUCCAAGAUCAAAGAACUCAGGGAUCGGAUCCAAGCACGGCGGCGAGACACGUCCUCUUGGGGCCUGGACCCCUACAACUGGGUAACCUGGCUGCUCCCUCUGGCGGGACCUGUAUGCAUAAUCCUCCUUCUAAUCUCAGUUGCUCCCUGUCUUUUCCGGUACUUGCAGGGUCGCCUACAAGAACUUGCCCGAGUAUCCGUCAAUCAACUCCUCCUCCAGCCCUACUCUCGCCUGCCCACUUCCGACUACCCUUAUGAUGACGCCCCCUGUCAGCAGGAAGGCAUUGAAACUAAAAGUCUACCAGCUGAUGUGCCUCAUAGUUAUGUUUGCUUUUAUCUGAGACUUUGA